GCGCCGCCCACGCCCGGCUAUUUUUUAGAGACAAGGUCUCCUUCUGGCUUAGACUGAUCUCAAACUUGUGAGCUCAUGCAAUCCAUCCGCCGCGGCCUCCCAAGUGCUGGGAUUACAAGCAUGACCCACCGCCCCGGCAGCUAAGUGAAUUUUCCAGAUACAUGAACUUCACUCCUUUGCAGUUUAUUUAUUUAUUUUUAGAGACAGAGUCUCACUUUAUCACCUUUUUUAUCUUUUUUGCAGUUUUUGGCCAGAGCUGGGUUUGAACCCGCCACCUCUGGCAUAUGGGGCCGGCACCCUACUCCUUUGAGCCACAGGCGCCGCCCCACUUCAUCACCCUUGGUAGAGUGCUGUGGCGUCACAGCUCACAGCAACCUCCAACUCCUGGGCUUAGGCAAUUCUCUUGCCUCAGCCUCCGGAGUAGUCGGGACUACAGGCGCCCGCCACAAGGCCUGGCUAUUGUUUGUUGUUGUUCAGUUUGGCAGGGGCUGGGUUCGAACCCGCUACUCUCGGUAUAUGGGGCCAGCACCCUACCCACUGAGCCACAGGCACUGCCACCCUCCUUUGCAGUUUAAAACUUAAAACAACAACUCAUUUUGGAAGGAUAUCAUUCUAAAAUGUUACACUCAUCUUCAGCAUAUCUGCAAUGUAAAAUAAAAUUUUCGGGCCAUAUGAAGGGCAUUCACAAAAACCCAACAGCUCUUUGCUGCAGCAGUGUCUUCAGAAGCUAUAAGAGUAGGAGCAGAGGAGCUCUUUGCUUUUAUGCUAAAUAACCUCAGACCGCUUGAAAAAUAUUUAUGAUUGCUUGAAUUUUAUUUGUUUUUUGGUAUUGCCUCCCUUCUACCAGGUUAUUGGGUCAUUUGCUGCUCUAUACUUCUAAUCUAUAAUAUAGAAACACACAUGGACUCUGUAAAAUGGUGAAAAUCAGGCAGGGAGAGAGAGAAGCUGAAGCUGUUCCUACAAUGGUUUGGACCUACCUAAACCUGAACGAAAAUGACUGCCCAAACAAAGCAGCCAUAGGAGCCUCCUAUCUGCCUACAGGGUGAGAAACGGUUACUUUUGUGGCUCUUAGCCCCAAAGAGGCAGAGUAGAAAAGGAGGUGGUGGUAGGAUGGCUGUUUCCCUGUCCCCACAUCUCCUUUGGCCUAUUCUUUGUCUUUCAGAUCAGCUUUUGGUUUCUCUGCCUCUUGACCACUCCUCUUUUUAGCCACUGAGCACCCAUUUUGGGCUGGACACUGGACUGAGUGGUUGGAAAUAUAGACAGAAAUAAAGUACAGUCCUGGCUCCUGGAGAAAGACCACCAGCUCCCCGUGGUCCCUUAUCCACUGAAACCACCUCAACCCCUGUCAGUUCUGCCCCUCUCACUUUGUGCUGUCACGCCUUAGAACCAUGCUCUGUAGUGUGUGUGCUCCCAGAGGGAAGCGACACAAAGGAAGGGGGGAAUGCAGAAAGGAGGGAAUCCCGCUGACAUCACUGCUCAUUAGCAUGUGUGACCUCAUCAGGGGGCGGGACAAUUUCCCCAGGUGUCUGGGGGGGAGGGCAUUUUUGUGUGUGUGUGGGGGGGGGUGGUAUUUAAAGGAAAAAGCUGACAGUGCUGCUGAGUGAGGGAGCGGUGCUGCCAGCCGCUGGGCUGCACACGAGCACGCACACCAAUGCACAUGGAGCCCGACACCGACAUGGACACGGACACAGAAACCACAGCACUCUGCCCCUCUGGCAGCCACCGGGUCUCCCCACCAGAGACACCCACACCAGAUGCCACACUCCUGAAGAAGCCAGAGAAACUGUUGGCAGAGUUGGAUCAGGGUGGGCCAUCCUCUGUCCCAGGGGCCCCCAGAAGAAGAGGCAGUAUGCCUGUCCCCUACAAGCACCAGCUCCGGCGGGCCCAGGCUGUAGAUGAACUUGACUGGCCACCUCAGGCUUCAUCCUCUGGCUCCUCUGAUUCCUUGGGCUCAGGGGAGGCAGCACCUGCCCAAAAAGAUGGCAUUUUCAAGGUCAUGCUGGUUGGGGAGAGUGGCGUAGGCAAAAGCACCCUAGCAGGCACUUUCGGCAGUCUCCAGGGAGACAGUGCUCAUGAGCCAGAGAAUCCAGAGGACACCUAUGAGGGACGCAUUAUCGUGGAUAAAGAGGAAGUGACUCUAGUUGUUUAUGACAUCUGGGAACAGGGGGAUGCUGGAAGGUGGCUACGGGACCACUGCCUUCAGACAGGAGACGCCUUUCUCAUCGUCUUCUCAGUCACUGACCGCCGAAGCUUCUCCAAAGUUCCAGAGACCCUACUUCGGCUCCGGGCUGGGAGGCCACACCAUGACCUACCUGUCAUCCUCGUUGGCAACAAGAGUGACCUGGCCCGUUGCCGGGAGGUAUCACUGGAGGAGGGCCGCCACCUGGCCGGGACGCUGAGCUGCAAGCACAUCGAGACAUCAGCCGCUCUGCACCACAACACGCGGGAGCUCUUCGAGGGCGCCGUGCGCCAGAUCCGGCUGCGGCGGGGUCGGAGCCGCGCGGGAGGCCAGCGGCAGGCGCUGGGCAGCCCCGAGGGUCCCGCGCCACCCGCGCGCCGAGAAAGCCUCACCAAGAAGGCCAAGCGCUUCCUCGCCAACUUGGUGCCGCGCAAUGCAAAGUUCUUCAAGCAGCGGUCCAGGUCGUGUCAUGACCUCUCGGUGCUCUGAGCUGCGGUCGCCAUGGCCACUGCGGUAGCCAUGGUCACCGCGCCCUUGGCUCGCCCCCUCGCCCCGCCCCGUCUGGCUUUCUCUGUCGAGGCUGUCUAGGAAGCCAAAACCUCCCAGGAUGCCCCAGUGUGGCCGCGGGGACGAGCCCAGGCCGGUGGGCGGUAUCCUCCUGACACGUCUGGCCCUGGGCGCCCAGGAGUCGAGGACGCAGACCUGCGGGCGGGCGCUCUGCGGCCGGUGGGCGGGGCGGGUUCUGGCAGAUCAGGAAGAAAAAUAGUUCUGCAAAGUAUUUUGGUUUUUAUUAAUCCGCGCUUGGCCACCUCUCCGGUAAAGAGAUCCUAAAGGCGAGAACUGGAAAAGUGUUUUGUAGACUCACUCCUUGGCGGAGUUUGCCGCCUUGUACUUUGCGUUAAAGUGCCUCUCCUUUAAGAGAUCCCUAAAGGGAAAGAAAGGCAUGGAGACAACUUGUUCCAGGGACUAUUGAGAAUACGUUCUGGCUCUUAUCUGCUGCACGUAUCCACUUUGCCUUUAAGAAGUUCUUAAAAAAGCAAGGUGCUGGAAGCCCUGUUCUUGAAAUUUGAUUCUGAGACUGACCAUUCCUGUACGCACUUUCCCUUUAAGGUUAUUAAAGGUAAGGUGCUAACAGAAUUUCUGCAUUCAGGUGCCAGCGUGAAAAGCCCAGUGGUGGCAACCUCCUUUGGCCAGGACCCAGGAGGCACCAGCAAAGGGGCACCCCUUCCCUAUUCAAUAAAGAACUUUUCU